UCUCCUUUGCAAUAACAAAACAUAUAAUAGUAGUUCAGUGAGUUUGACAUAAAUCUACAGUUAUAAAUAAUUUAUAAUGAAGGAAAAUUUAAGUGAGGAAUUUUAUGAGCAAUUGUACACGACGUGUGCCAAUGCUAUUCAUAAUGUAGCUAAAAAGGUAAUUCCAGAUGAACUCCAACUAUACUCUACAUCAAGUACAGAAACUGUUUAUUCAUAUAGUGAUUUGGACCAAAAAAAAUGUCUAGCCAAAGAGGCUUUAACGCUUUUGUCUGCCGUGUGCAAUAUGAAAGUGUGCAACAAGUUAGAAUUAAGCAUAUUAAAUGACAUAUACGAUAAAACAAUGGUGAUGAGUAGUCAGGAGGAAAAUAAUAAGUUGGCAGAAAAAUAUGAAUAUCUUAUUAUAAACACGUGUGAGCUCUUAUCAAAACUGUUGAAGGAGGAAGCACUUUCAGAGGAUCAAGAAUCUUCGUGCAAGUUAAGUACGAGUACCGAACAGAAAUCGACGGACAAAAAGUAUGGAGUGUUUUCGUCGUUUCGUCCUUUCGAAUUUCGAGAAUAUCCCUCGAUAGAAUCGUUCCUUUAUAAUGAUGAAAAUAAAUUACGAAAAGGUUCCUUGGAGCUAAAACGAGGUCUUAAAGAUGUCCCUUCGUCGUAUCAUUAUACCGACAGCUCCAACACGUCCGAAUUCCAGUAUAACGACUGGGAUCAUAGCGAGAUAUCAGGGCCUGACGUGCAUUUUAAUCAAGAUACCGAAAACCUAUCCAUACAUUAUUUCGAAGUGCCCUCCAGUUCCAUCCCUAACAUGGAUUUAAAACCGCCUUUCACCGGGUCGAGGCAAGAAGUGGCGACUUAUGCCAAAUAUCCGACUUACGCCUACGAAAGUAGUAGAACAUCGGAAGUAGGCAAUUCGGGCCUUAAGCGAAGCAAGAAGACUUGGCAAGAGGCUCACAACCAAGAAUUGGCCGAUUUGGUGAAAUGUCUAGUCCAAACUGUAGCUUACAUGAAGGGGAAGUCAAACAUAAAGCCUUUUCUGCCAGAACGCGAACCUCUCGUCCUGCCGUACCCGCCAAGCGCCUACACAGCGUAUUCGGAGAGAACGGUAGAAUUCGUCGACCAUGCGACAUCCCCUCUAGUUGAGUCUCCCGCAGAAUCCGAGAAAGAAUACACACUGGUCAAUCCCAAUAGACCUAACGUAAUAUUGAGAAAUUCAGCCUCGCAAACCGUAGAACCGGGAGAACCGAUCGUCGCCCCUAAAAUAUUUACGUUUUUCUUAAGAGAGGGCGAUCCGACAUUCCACAAAAAGCUUCCGAUGGGCCCGCCGAGUCCGAAGCCGCGAUGUAUUAAACGGAAAUGUUCCACGGCCGAUGCGAGGUCGUCGAGGCAUAGAAGCAAAGUAGACGUCUACUCUCGAAAAAGCCUAGCGACUGUGAACACUAUACCGUCGCAUGAAAACAUCGAACUGAGCAAAGCAUUUUACGGUUUCGGACUGGAUCUCACCAGCCACAACAGCGAUGAUUCCGUGGAAGACGGUACCGAAACGGAAUCGGACUUCUUCGACGAUCUCUCCUACCAGGCGGAACAGAACAGAACCAGUUAUUUAAAGAAGUCGAAGAAAAUCAUUCGCUGCAAAGUAGACUCAGGGAUUCGGCUCAAGGCCAUGUACAAGAAACACAAUCAAGUCCUCAGCACGAGCAUUCAGAAAGACGCGAUUACGGACACGAGCGAAGAGGAAGUGAUAAGCACAGUCGAAGAAACCAUCGAACCGAGUGAGCCUACAACCACCGUCAAGACGACUUUAAGACCGGAAAGAGACGAAUGGGAAAAACUCAUGGCCAUUUUACAAUCGACCGCAGCACAGAAGCCACGUGCAAAACCUGUGUUAAAAGUCGAAAAAAAUGACGCCCGGAAGCCUUUCGUAUUUCCAAGUCGACCCUCUUUAACUUCCAAACAGAGAUCAAAGCCUGACAAACAAGAAAAACAACUUAUUAACGCCGCUGACAAACUGCUAUCGAAAAUUAUUAACGAAGACCUCCUUAAAAUCUACGAAGAAAGGAGAAUUAGAGAAAUAGAGUCGGAACUCGGGACCGACGACGACGACGACGACCACCCGCCCAUCUUGCCCUGAACCCUGAAUCUAUCCGUAAUUUGUCCUAAAUUUUCUUGAAACACGAUUAAUAUAGUUACACGAUUUGAACCAACCGGCUGAAUUCCAUCAUUUCAAGUAAAUUUAUUUUAUUAACAUCAAUUUGCUGAUUUAUUCGGCACUUCAAGUCAAUAAUAAAACUCGUCGUUAGAG